AUGCCCUCUCUGAUCAGGAAGGAAGAAGAGCUGGUGGACAGCUACGCCAGAAUAAUCAGUCCCAGCCCUGCUCUUCAUGAGAUACUGAGUAAUCGUGAGCAUGCUCGUCUCCUCCACCAUGCCAUGCGACGACAGGUCAAAUCGAUCUCUGACCGCUCGUCUAUCUACGAUGACGGGGAGGUCACUGUCUUCGACAAAGCCCUGGUGGAACUUUACAAGCAGGGUGACCAGCUGAAGAAUAUUGGUCUGCUGGAACUGUUUCUCACAGAAUUUUUGGUGACGGGGACAUCCGCCACGCUCAAGCAGGAAGAGGCUGUUGUCCACGCACUGCUCGCGGCCCAGAAAGCUAUCGACAAAAUCUUGGAUCACGACAAGCUGGUUUCGAACCGGGAUGCCAACAAUGGGCACCUGAGCACCGUUGCCGAGCGUGACCGUGAUGACCACGAUGGAGUCAAGAUCAAGGUCGAAAUGGAGACCCAGGCCAAGAAUGAGAAAGCCCUGGAAAAGCUCAUUGGUGUCUACCAAGCCGCCCUGGCUGAUUACUAUCUCAAAGAUGCCAGCAAAUCGGGCCUUUCGGACAAGCAAUCGGACAAAUUCACCAACGUACGUUUUCUACGCGACACCGCAGAGAACCUACUCCGGUACAUGAAGUCGGAGGACUUUCUUAACCAUCCUCUCCUGCCACAAGUUGAAAAGGUUGUCCACCUCAGUCAGGAUCAUGCCGAGCGUCUUGCUGGUCGCAAACGUAUCUUUGAGCUGCCGGAAGAUGAAGACACCCGCCCCCGCGCACCCCGUUACAAGCGCACACGCUAUAGUCGCCAUAGAGGCGAUUCGUGGCGUCCUGCCUACAAUGGCUGA